GAUUAUAACUUCAUAUUAGUUUGUGGUUAUAAAUAAAUUAGUAUUUCUAAUAUUCGGUAUAAUCUACUAGUUACUCUGUGUUUCUAAUUCUAAUAAUUAUUUGUAUGUACUCUUUGCAACAAACGUUUUCAUUUAAUUGUAUAAUCUUUGAUUUGUUGCUAAAGGUUUCAGUUUUCAGUUUUUAAUGGUCAAAAAAUAAAUAGAAAGAGUAUGUUUAUUAAGUAAUUAAUCGUAAGUAGGUAGUUACUAAUAUAUUAUGUACUAUAGAAACAUUUAACAGGAAUUUUCGGUGAAAUAAUUUCUUAUUUGAAUAAGUUACCUAUAUAUACAUGUAUUGUGUAGUGUGAAGUCAUCGAUAUAUUUAAGUGAAAAUAGAUCUAGUACUGACUUUUACCAACUCGUUUGUUAUAAACACAAAAUAAUAAGAAGGUUAUAAAGUAAUAAUUUAAAUAUAUACAUAUCAUACUAGAAGUAAGAAGUUUUAAUUUUAAUAUAAUGAUAUGUUUAAUGUAUUUCCGUCGUAAAUUAAAAAUAUAUCGACUUGGCGGGGGCACUACCGUGCCCCAAGAUUAUCCAUUUAUUACUUUAUACAGGAGAAAUCUUUCUUAUUCAAGAAAAACAACCAUUUUAGGUAUUGAAACUUCUUGUGAUGAUACUGGUUGUGCCAUAGUUAAUGGUUAUGGUAAUAUUUUAGGUGAAUGUUUAUAUUCACAAAAUGCACUUCAUGUUAGGUAUGGUGGAGUUAAUCCCGUGCACGCAUGGGAACUUCAUCGUGACAAUAUUGAUUUAGCUGUAAAAAAUGCUUUAAAAAGUGCAAAAAUUGGAGUUAGUGAAAUUGAUGCUUUAGCAGUUACUGUUAAACCUGGCCUUUUAUUGAGCUUAACAAUUGGUGUAAAAUAUGCAAAAUUUCUUGCAAAAAAGUAUGACAAAAUUUUAAUUCCUAUACAUCAUAUGGAAGCUCAUGCUUUAGUUGCAAGAAUGUAUUAUGAUAUACCAUUUCCGUACUUGACAUUAUUGAUAUCAGGAGGGCAUUGCUUUUUAGCUGUAGUAAAAGAUGUGGAUAGUUUCCUUUUACUUGGUCAAACUUUAGACAAUGCACCAGGGGAGGUCAUGGACAAGGCUGCAAGAAGAAUGAAAUUAAAAAAUAUUUUUGAAUAUUCAGCAGUUUCCGGUGGUAGAGCAAUUGAAUUAGCUGCCAAGAAUGCUACUAAUCCUGCAAUGUUUCAAUUUCCAAUACCACUACUGAAAAAUAGAGAUUGUAAUUUUAGUUUUAGUGGCCUCAAAGAUUCACUGGUGCGAAAAGUAUUAAAGAAGGAAUCAGAACAUGGAUUAAGGGGUGAUGAAGUAAUUCCAGAAAUUUAUGAUUUGUGUGCAUCAUUUCAGGCUAGUAUUGCCAGACAUUUAGCACAUAGACUUGAAAGAGCCAUAACGUUUUGUGAAAUGAAAAAGUUACUGCAUUUUGAUACUAAAAAUAUUAUAAUAUCAGGCGGUGUAGCCUGUAAUGACUACAUAUAUUCAUGUUUGGAAAGAGUUGGUAACAAGUUUGGUUUUAAUUUGUAUAGACCACCCCAUAAAGUUUGCACAGAUAAUGGUGUAAUGGUUGCAUGGAAUGGUAUUGAAAAAGUAAAAAAAGGAGACACUAUUCCAUUACUUUCUAUUAGUAACAUUGAUCCUACAGCAUCUUUUGGCUUAAAUAUCAUAGAUCAAGUUAAAGAAGCAAAUUUACCAAUAAGAGCUCCAACAAUUGAAAAUAAAAUGUAAAUGUAAAUAAUUAAUCAAAUGGAUAUAUAAUUUAUUUUUAUUAAUUUUUAGUUUUUAUUUACAUGCUGAAAAUAUCGAAAUAACAAAACCAUCUUACCAGCUGUCUAGUUUUCGAAAGUGAUUUAGUAAAAUAAAACAUGUUAUAGUAUGUAUACUGAUAAUGAUUUAUUUCAUUUCUAUUUGAAUGGUGGUUUCAGAUUUCAUUAUUACUUAAAAAAAUAUUUAAUGAUUUACUCAAAGUCAAAGUUAUACAUCUGAAUACAAUGUUAUUUUUUGAUCAAUAAUAAAACAAAGGUAACUAUUUUGCAAUCUGGGUGUUUGUGAUAAUUUUUUAUUUCAAUAAAGAAAGAACCUGAUUUUUUAAUGAAAUUACUAUGUAGUUUUGUUCUUAGCAAUACACUUAGAUAGGCAAUACAUGGCACAAAUUUUUAACGUUAUCUGCUAGUGUUGGGAACUGUCGAAGUUGGUCAAAGUAUGAAGUAUAUUGAUGUUGAGUAAAACCUGAUUUAAAAAUUAAUUUGAAAGAAAAGUGUCCUUUUUUUACUUGGACUAAGGAAGGGUUAUGUUUUUCGCGUGUAUCUUGUAUGUAUGUUUGUAAAUUUCUUUAUUACCUCGUAUCCUCCAAAUGGCUGUAUGGGUUUCGACAGUUUUGGGAUCAUUAUAUUCAUCUUAAAAACCCAAAUGUUCUUAGAUAGCUGAUUAAAAAAAAAAAUCAAACAGCUGAUUUUAGCGCGAAAUAGUAGUAUGUACCUACCUACAUUAACAAAAAAAAAGCAAACCUAGAGUAGGUCAGGACACUAGUCUAAAAUAAAUAAACCAAAAAUGCGACUGACCCACUCCAAAAAUUUCAUAUAAGACGAAGCAUCUUGAAGUUAUGUCUUAAAAUAAUGUAUAUGAUAUUUAGUGUUGUUGCACUCAUAUUGUCCAACCUUAAGCAUGACUGAUGUGGUAGAAAAAUUAGAAUUUCAAUUUAUUCUUAUUUAGUUCUUGCUUAUAUCUAAUUAUUCAACAGUGAAUGUGCGGCACAUACACAUCAUGAGUAGUGAUCCUUAAGAUAAUUUCAAAGCACGAUGCAAAGUAAUAUCUAAUGUUUAUAUGGUGGCCGCAAAGCUUUUUUUUAUGCUGCAGCUAUAUUAAUAGUAUAGUUGUAGCACGAAUGGGUCGGCUCAACCGAGGAACGACCACGCUCUCUCAGAAUACUAGCGUAAAAUGCAACUUAAAGCUGCUGUGUUUCGUAUAUGGUGAGUGUAGAGAACCGGAGACCCUUUUUACUGUAAACGAGGCAUUCCAUCUUAGUCCUCACGGGUGACAAUGCAUCUGCAUUUUGAUUCGCAAACGUGGAUAGAUAUAGAUGUCUAUGGGCCACAGGAACCACUUACCAUCAAGACGUCGACUGUGUGCUUGUUUGUCUACCUUAUAAGUACUAUAAAAAAUCGACCGAUUCUGAGGAAAAAAAAAUUAUUUUUGAUCCAUGCGCAAAAGCCGGUCACGCCUUAUUUUUCAUCACCAAGUACAUCUAAGGAGAAUAACACUUAAGUUGGCGCGUGUUGCUGAAGUCAAGCUUGCUGCAUAUUUCGCAAAACAUAAUAUAGCUGACUACCUCGGCAAAGUGUUGUAAGAAUGUUUUCCAGAAUCAAACAUUUUAC